AGGAAAGGAUACUAUCGAUUUGUUUAAAUCUAAAAAGUUUAUAUUAUUCUGGCGAAAUGUCAGGAAAACUUCAAAGUUAUCUGAAUGAUUUAUCCAAGAAGGAAUGUCCGAGUGAAAGAACUCAAGUUUUUAAAUCGAUUAUUCGAUUAUUAAAAACGUCGUCAACAAGUUUAAAACAAUCGAAACUUCUUGCUCAACAACUGGCUUUGGAUUUUGGACGAGAAACUGCUGAGUCAUCGAACAUAUUACUCAGCGUUAUUCAUGCUCUGUUUGAUAGUGAUGUCACAGACAGGUAUGCGGCCGACAAUCCUAGAACGGAACACACGGAUCUGCGAUCUGAAAUUUUACGAAACUUUCCUGUUUUUCUUAAGAACUCAAAAUCUUCCCAAGCAAAAUUAUUGAAUGAAUUAACAAACCAUAAUAUUCCGCCAACCAUGGUUGCCCCGUACGUUGAAGAUAUUAUUGUAUCCGUUGCAAGUAUUAGUGAUGUAACAAUUGCUGAUCAAGUGAUCACCGUUAUUGCAAGAUUCCUGUCCACCAACCAAGAUGAAAUGUUGACUUGCAUUAACAUUUGGUUGACCAAGUUACUUUCAUACACCUCCCACCAAGCAUCAUCAACUCGUAUAUCUGCUGUUAGUGUUAUUGAUGAUCACAUAGAUAACAUUGUUAAGCAUCGUGAUGUCAUAAUGCAUUCAUGUGCGGGAACGUUGACCAAGAUUUGCUUCCCAGCGUUGAAACCUCUUUAUUCGAACGACGACGCUCUUAAGGAAAUCCUCUCAUCCCAAGUCAUUGUAAUCAUGAAGAUCGUAGGUGUUCAAUUCAAACGUAGCAGUACGCUGCUUAAUGCAACGCUCGAACCAGUUGCUAAGGGUUUCCGACACAGUAAAGAUGAAAUAAAAGUUUUAUCGUUCAAAGCUUGGGAGCAAUUAAUUGAAGCGCUCGGUGAGGAUAAAGAAAUAAUGUCAUCGCCAAAAUACAUCAACCUUUUGACGCAACCGAUUAAAUUCAAAGCCAAGAAUGAAGUUGUUUUGGAAUCCAUGAUCCGAACAAGUUGGAAGUUGGUUGUGAAGUUGGAGGAAAAGAUGGUGGAUCUGUUUGAACUUGUAUGCGCGUCGCUUAUUGAGUUGUGUCUCGGUGAUGUCUCGUCUAGAGAUAAAACGAGUCGUCGUUCUUCUCUUCGUUUUUCGCAACUUCGUCAAAAUCUGCUGAGUCACUCUUCAACUCAGUUAUUCAGCGCUGAUGUCAUCGGUCACAUGAUCAUGGAUGUUACCACGACAACGUAUUCUCCUCGCUUGACCCCACUUCACUCCCCAUACAUCGGUAACCCGGCAGUUUUUCCUCGUUUCUCCUCAACACUGAUUCCUGUCAUCUGUGAUGUCAUAAAACAUUUGCAUCAACAACUGCCAGAUGAUUUCAUCACUCAGUUGUGGAGUACGUUGGUUAAUUGUGUUAAUUGUUACGUCGCUAAGAAACGCGACACCGACAUGUUUCGUUCAUUGUUUAAUUCGACCAAUCAGAUCGUUAACGAGUCUGUAGUUCCCCCUCGUGUGGCCAUGACACUGGUGUUCAGCCUUUCUUCUUUCCCGACCAAAAUAUUAAAUUCCUCGCUCUAUUACGCUGGUGAUCGUGAGCUCGGCAACGUGCAUGGGACCCCCGUGCUUAGUGUCAUCAAGUUGUUGUUAACGCCCGCUAUAUUGGAUGUUGUAACGGAGAAUACCAGCUUAUGGAGUAAAUUGGAAGAGUUAAUAUCGAUUGGAAUGCAACGUCGAAUCGCGAUUCUCGAAUUUGUCCACGACGUAGUGAAGUUGUUCCAACAUAGACAUCUUAUAUUUAUGCAUCUCUGGGGACACCUAGCGGAUCAUGUGUUUGAGUAUAUGACGAAGAGCGGUAACAUCAACCAGGGUGACAGCUUCGAACAUGAUUUUGUUGCUUUGUUCUCACUCCUGGGGUUUCCCCUCACUUUUAUAUUCAACGGUGGGGAGUGCGGGAAAGACGUCGUUGACGAUUUAACAACCACGUGGGAGGAAAUAUUUGACAAGUUCGUUGAAAUGAGUCGCCUCAUAUCCAGCGUCAAGCGAAACGAAGUAGUCGACAAAAUGAUUGAAUUGACGAUCGAAAAACUGGAGGGAAACGAGAAAUCGGUUUGCGAGACGGAAACUUCCGUUCAAUUCCUUACAAACGUUACAAUGGUGUUGGUAUCUAAUACAAACUACACUGACUUGCCAAUCAAUGUUAUUCCUGAGAGAAAAUCCCCUACUGGUGGUUCCCCCAAGGAGAAACAACUCCAACCAAUAUUACGUUUAAUGUUAAAGCUUGGAAAUCUAAGCAGCGAGGAGUUGACAUACAUGGUCGACAUCACGACGCACGUCGCCCACAUUUUCACCGAAAUAUCCGACAAAUAUUUUAACGAAUAUUUUUUAAUAUUUGUUCCAAUUCUUCACAACUUGAUUGAAGGCAUGUUGAGUGGCUCGGACGAAGACGAGGUCGUCACGGCGACAUGGACCCAGAUUCUUCAACGAGUUGAAUAUUCGGAUCACCUCUUCCAGCAAGAGGGGUUGUGCGAUUUACUUGCCACCGUGUUCGCUGCGCCGGUUGACACCGAAAUUUACAAAUCAUCCGUCCAGUUUUGGAAGUCGAAUAUUUUAAACGAUUUCAACCCAAAUAUCGUGGAUGAUUUUUUUCUAGAGAAAUUGGAAUUAGUUUAUAAGAGGGAGGGGUUUCCCCUUGCAUGGGGAAUUCCCCAGGAUGGGUUAGAUUUGAAUGUUUCCAACACUUCAUCACUUGGUGGCAGUAUAGAGCAGAUCGAAGAAAGUGCCUGUGACAUCACAAAUGAUGACAUCACACACGAUGACGUCACACCUGAUGACAUCACAGAUCACAUGACCAAGUCACAGUUAAGCGACCACGUUGGUUCCGAGGAAACAAAUGUGCGACGAAGUUUGAGAUUGAAACGAAAAUCUUCGAACAAUUCAAGUGGUUGUGAUGUCAUAGAGAAGAAUGAUUGUGAUGACGAUUGUGUCAUUAUCUCUGAUUGUGAUGUCACAGAUGAAGAAGGAAGUGACAUCACAAGCAACGAUGAGUCAGCAGAAUACGAGGAGGUUGAGAUGGUGGAAAUGUCGAUGACUCAUGGUGAUGUCACUAAGGAUUGUGAUGUUACCAAGGAUUGUGAUGUCACAGAUAGUGAUGUCACCAAGGAUUGUGAUGUCACAGAUAGUGAUGUCACCAAGGAUUGUGAUGUCACAGAUGAUGAUGUCACAGAUGGUGAUGUCACUAAGGAUUGUGAUGUCACAAAAGACGAUGAUGUUAUAGGUGGUGGUGAUGUCACAGAAGGUGAUGAUGUCAUAAAGGACAGUGAUGUCACAGAUAAUGACAUCACAAAUGAAAUGGACGAGAGUGAAUACGUGGAGAUGGCUGAAGCGUCCAUGUUUCAUCAUGAUGAGCGUUCACAUGAUGUUACUUGUGAUGCAAGCUCAUGUGAUGAGGGAUCACGUGAUGUUACUUGUGAUGCAAGCUCACGUGAUGAGGGAUCACAAGAUGAGGGAUCACAUGAUGAGGGAUCACAUGAUGAGCGAUCACGUGAUGAGGGAUCACAUGAUGAAGUUGAGAUGUGUGAGAUGUCGACCAACCAAACAUUACAUGAAGAUGCCUCGUUCGUAUCCUGCGCUGAUGACCUUGGUGUUCAACCACUAGAGGUCAGCUUUGAGGAGGAACCGGUUGCCACGGCGAUGGAGACGUCAACUCCUGUACCGAGGACUCCUCUGAGGAGGUCUUGUAGGAAGAGAGUUCUCACUCCUAAAGCUGUGGUUGGCGUGGUUGAGAGUCAUUGUAAGGUGAGGAGGAUUUCUGGGAGGCUGGGGGAAGAGAGGGGGGAUAAAGGGAAGAAGGGGGAAAAAGAGAGAGGGGAAGAGAGAGGUGGAAAUGAGAAUGGUGAAAAAAAAGAGAACUGUGUAAAAGAGAAGAAGGGUGAAAAAGAGAAGGAAGAAGGAAAUAAAAUGGAAGAAAAAGAGAACUGUGCAAAAGAGAAAAUAAAAGAAAAAGAGAAGAGUGAAGAAGAGAAAGAGGAGGAAAAAGAGAAUAUUGAGCAAUCGGUGGAAGUUGAAAGGAGGAAAGAAGAAAAAGAGAAAAAGGAAGAAGGUUGUGAUGUUGCAAUUUUAUUGGAAGAUGAAGUUUUCAUUGAAGCAAAUAAAGGAGUCACGUCCGAUGUAACCAAUACUGUGGAAGUGUGUUCGAAUAAAAGACUGUCCACCAUAACUGAAAUGGCAGCCACCCCUCCAAGCAGUCCCGGGAUUUUAAAGAAGUCAAUCACAGUUAGCCCUGCACUAAAGACGCGCCGUGUUUCAUUUGCGGAACCGAUCUCGCAAAGCACGAUUUGUGAAAACACCAUUCCGAGGUCGCCAACUGCUAGUCCAUGGAGAUCUCAUAAAUAUUUAAAAAAGAGAGUAGUAAGCAGAAGGUUAAGCCUACCAGCCCCAAGGAGGUUCCGACCCGACGACGCGCAAAGAUCGCCAAUGAGCGUAAGAAGCGCGACCGUUGCAAAAGCCAUUGCAGAUAUAAGAGCGCGAGAAUCAGAACUCUCAGCCACGAACCAACUUUCUCCCUCGACGGGCAACAAGGGAGUUCCCCCCACACAACCCCCUGUAUCCCCCGUCAAGCAGGGUGAUGAUGUCAUAAUGGCGAAGAUGUGUGAUGUCAUAUACCUAUCUAGAUAUUCAGCCGAACAAUUAACGGAAGUUAUGCAAGCUGUGGUCACUGUAUUGGCAAGAAAAGUUAAGCAGAAGUAAUUUCAAUUAAAGAUAAAUUUAUAAUGUCCGUCUCCUGGAAAGAGGAUAGGCGUAAUGUUAGGGGUGGCUGGGGUGACAUGCCACCCCGAUUUAAAAGACAUAUCUUAUCAAAGUUUUAUAUUUCAUGUCUAGUCAAUAUAUAUGAAAAGAAAAUAUUUAAAAAAAAACAUAUUUUCCAAGGUAUAUAAAAAAAAUAAAAUACAUUUGAUAUAUCACCCCAGUUGUACGCCUAAAACAGCUUUAACCCAUCUUUAACAACUACAAACGUGACUACAUAACAAUGUCUCCUCAGAUUUUGUU